AUGGGAGUCACGUGUGUGAAACAGAUUGUAACCAAAUGUUUGUUUAUAUUGUUGAUAGGCUUCUCCGUGUGCAAAUCCCAACAACUGGAAAUAGUAACAAAGGAUGCUUUCCAGGAAAUCAUCAAGGACACUAAAUAUGUUCUAGUUUUAUUUUUUUAUGACAUGGAGACAUGUCCUCGGUGUGUAGCAGCAGAGAAAGAGCUUCUCCAGGUUAACACCAUGCCAGAUUUGUACGACCAUGCCAUCCAGAUGAUAAAGUGUGAAGAUCCAGGAAUGGCAGUGAAGUAUGGAGUAACGACCGUCCCUCAGGUGGUCUACUUCAGAAACGGGGUGCCUGCUUUGUUUGAGGUGCCUCAAGAUGUGAGAGAGAUUCGAGCAGAGGAUGUGGAGAUUUUUGUAGAAGAGGCACAGCAAGUGGCAAUAAAGUCACUGAAUGAUAACAGCUUUGAACAUCUGACACAGGCCGCAACAGGGGCCACCACAGGGGACUGGCUGAUUAUAUUUUAUCGACCAUCUUGUGAUGGCUAUCUUUCUGCUAUAGAAGGGGCAGGUGUGAAAUUAAGACACAAGAUGAAUGUUGCAAAGAUCAAUGUAGAUGAGAGUCCUCGGCUUGAAAAACGUUUCAAGAUCAAAGACUGUCCAACAACUUAUUUUUUCCGGUUAGGACGUAUGUACCACUAUUUCUCAGAGGAACAAGACCAGUAUCAUAUUAAUCAGCUUGUCAGCUUUGUAUCCUCCUGGUACAAGAACGUGAAGGCCCAGAGUGUGCCUAUAGAACCAACAGCUUUUGAUGCCCUGACAGAAGGUAUAGCUGAUUACUUAAAGGACUUGAUGCAGGGUCCAAACAGAGGGAAGUUCCUAGUAGGACUUGGAGUUGCUUUUGGGAUUAUCUCCCUUGUUAUGGCUGUUGUUGCUGUCAUAUGUCCAUGUCGGAGGAAGGCAACAAAAUUAGAAUAGGAAUAUUUUCUCUAGAACUGCAAUCUGAAUACAUUGGACCAAACUAUAUUGUUUUUAUUUGUUGCAUUUAUACAAAAGGAUGUCUUAUAACUUAGGAAUGGAAUGUAAAUUGUUCUGGGAAAUUUGAAUAUUUAUUUAAAUAUGUGUAUGUGUUUCUGUUUUUCAGAUGUGUUCAAUAAGUUAUGUUUGCAAUAGAAAGUAAGAGAGAUAUGUUUUAUCUGAUUGGAAAGUGAAUGUAUUUCUUACAAAGUUUGACAAUGUUUGCUACUAUGUACUGUGUUAGUUAACAGCCUUUCACUAAUUAGUCAUUUGUAUUGUGUAUGUAUUAGUCAAUACAUCACAUAUAUAUAUGUGCCUUACCUUUUACAAUAUUAUAAUGAGUUGGUACAGGAAAUUUUCAAGUUUUCGCAUCAAAACUGCCAUUUCAUUUCAAUACUAUGACUUUCUACACUAAGCACAUUUAAUUACACAAAACACAAUACAUGUCGUAGAUUUUGUGAUUAAGAACUCUUUUGAAAUGAAGAUAAUCUUAGUCGAUGUGGUAAACUCUGUAAACAAAAUGGCAUCAAAUAUCAAGCUACUGGUAAUUUAUUUUCAACAAUCUCUACAUAACUUUUUUUCUCUAUUAUGCCAGAAUAAUAAAUUUGGACUCAGUUGACUCUCAUUAACACAGUAUCAAACCCCCUUAACCCUUCCCCCCCCCCUUAACAUUUGAAACAUUGACAGAUAUGAAGUAUCUUUUGACCGUUUCUAUCAAUGUAACAUGUAUUUUUGGUGCAUGGGAGUUUUUGUCCUAAUAUUUGUUAUUUUUAUGCCUGUUGAAAUAAAAUUUAUAAAAUGAUAA